AUGCAGGCCAUCGACCAGAUCAUCAACUCUGCCGCCAAGACGCAUUACAUGUCUGGCGGUAUCCAGCCUUGCAACAUCACCUUCCGUGGGCCCAAUGGCUUUGCUGCUGGUGUCGCUGCUCAGCACUCUCAGGAUUACGCGGCGUGGUACGGCGCUAUUCCCGGUCUGAAAGUCGUGGUUCCAUACAGCGCGGAGGAUGCCAAAGGCCUGCUUAAAGCUUCCAUUCGGGACCCCAACCCCGUCGUCUUCCUCGAAAAUGAACUGCUUUACGGUGAAUCUUUCCCCAUGAGCGAGGCAGCUCAGAAGAACGACUUCGUCCUGCCCAUUGGGAAGGCCAAGAUUGAGAGGCCGGGUAAAGAUCUGACGAUCGUGUCGCUGUCCCGCAGUGUCGGCCUGUCCCUCAAGGCUGCGGCUGAGUUGAAGGAGAAAUACGGAGUCGAGGCGGAGGUUAUCAACUUGCGAUCUGUCAAGCCCCUCGACGUGGAGACGAUCAUCAAGUCCCUCAAGAAGACCGGCCGUCUGAUGGCUGUCGAAUCUGGUUUCCCGAUGUACGGUGUUGGAUCUGAGAUUCUGGCAGUGGCCAUGGAGUACGGCUUUGACUACCUGACGGCGCCUGCUGUCCGUGUCACCGGUGCCGAUGUCCCUACUCCCUACGCCGUCAAGCUCGAGGAGAUGAGCUUCCCCCAGCAGGACACGAUUGUCGGCCAGGCCGAGAAGCUGCUGCGAUUGUAA